AUGUCUUCCGCCAUUCAAUGUCAUUACGACGUCUUGGGAGUCCCCAAAGAUGCAGACGACGCCUUGAUCAAGAAAUCUCACCGCAAAAUGGCGCUCAAGUGGCAUCCCGACAAGAACUUGGCCAAUCCCGAAGAAGCUUCCAACCAGUUUCGACUAGUACAACAAGCUUAUGAAUGUUUGUCGGAUGCUCAAGAACGACGAUGGUACGACGAUCAUCGGGAUGCCAUUUUGGCAGGAUGGUCCAGUGGGGGUGGUGCUGGUGACAAUGGAGAUGCGGGAGCGGUCAUGUUGUUUCAAGUGGUUCAUUAUAUGCAUCCCGGCUGUUAUUCUGGUUAUAAUGACGAAAAGGGUGGAUUCUUUCAAGUAUAUGGUGCUGUCAUUAAUGAUAUCAUCAAGUGCGAAUUGAAACAAGACGACGUUUUGAUUGAAUUGCCCACGGACUUUGGACGUUCGGAUUCGGAUUGGUCUUUGGUACAAGAGUUCUACCAACAUUGGGAAUCCUUUCAAUCGGCCUUGAAUUUUGCAUGGGAGGACAAGUACAAUACCAUGGAAGAUGCGGACAGUCGACGGGUGCGACGACUCAUGGAGGAGGAAAACAAAAAGGCCCGACGGUCGGCCAAGAAGACUUACAAUCAAGAUAUUUUGGCAUUGAUUGCCUUCAUGAAGCGAAGAGAUCCACGAGUCAAGGCAAAACGACUGGAAAUGGAAGAGAAAAAGUUGGAGCAACAACGAAAACAAAAGAUAGAAGCGGAAGAACGAAAACAACAACAAAAGGAAGCCAUGGAAGCUUGGAAGGAGGAAGCAGCAAGAGAAGCGGCAUUGGCGGAAGAACAAGAUCGAGCUGCUGGCCGAGUCAGGUUAGCAGACUUGGAAGAUGAUUACGACUAUGGUGGUGGAAAGAAAAAGGGCAAGAAGAAAAAGAAGAACAAGAACAAUAAUCAAAAUCAGCAAAUGCCAGAACAACCAGAUAAUGAUGCAGAUCAGAUAGUAGUUGAUCCAGAGGUGGCGGUAAAUGGCGAAGGAGACGAAACGGACGUCAAUGGACACGACGAAACUUUACCACAAAAUGAUGAAACCGAGGCCACAGAACACGAUGCUGCCACUCCGGUCACUCCGGCCGAACCAACAGAAGAAGAACCCAUGGCGGAACAAGAUGUCGUCGACGUGCACGAAUUUGACGAUAGCAGCUAUACGAGUGAGGAGGAAGAACCCGACGUGUGGAGGUGUGGAGUUUGUAAAAAGGAUUUCAAGAGUGAAGGACAAAUGGACAAUCACCUAAAGAGCAAAAAGCAUAAGCAAGCCGUCAAGAAAUAUGCAGCCAAGAUGAACAUGCAAGAAGAUGAAGUCAUUGCGGAAAUGAUGGCUGAUUUGGGGCGUUAA